AUGUCUCGAGCUUCCAAGGUGACACUAGCGCUCACCAGUCUUGGUACUGCGGGGAUCGUUUACUUUGUGCACUGGUCCCAAGAGCAAGAGAAAGCGCAAAUGCACAAAGGCGUUGAACGAGAUAUGGAAAAGCAGCGGAUUCGAUUAGAGCGACAAGCCGAGUUUGAGAUGCAGAAAGCCCUGGAAGAGGAGUACAGGAAGCUUCAAAAAGUGUCUCCGAGCACAGAUACUCAAGGGUCGAGCGGGUGA